GCCGGCGGCCGCGGCGAUAGCUGUCGCCCGCAACGGCGGUUUCAAAGCGCGUCCCCUCCCCAACGGUCACUAGACCAAUCACUCCCCACCGCCUUCAUAUCUCACGCCCCACCGCCUCCUCAUCCGCCCUCUCUAUCUCUCUCUCUCUCUCUUCCCCCGAACCUUCCAGCGACUCGAUUCGAUCGCCGCCGAAAAAGGGGAGAAGAAGAAAGGGGGGAAGAGGCAGAAAGGAGGGGGAGGAGUACGGCCAUGUCUCGGGGAGAGAACAACGACGCGCAGGCCAGCAACGUCCCUGCCGCCUCCGCGGCCGCGUCGGCGGGGGCGAAGCCCGGUGCGUCAGGCGCGGGCCCUCGUGGCGCGGAGGGCCAGUCGGUGGUGCGCCGUCUCCAGUCGGAGCUGAUGGCGCUGAUGAUGGGCGGCGACCCGGGCGUGUCGGCGUUCCCCGAGGGCGACAACAUCUUCCACUGGGUGGGCACCAUCGCCGGCUCGGCCGGCACCGCGUACGAGGGCACCUCGUACCGCCUCGCGCUCGCCUUCACCGCCGAUUACCCCUACAAGCCGCCCAAGGUGCGGUUCGACACCCCCUGCUUCCACCCCAACGUCGACGCCCACGGCAACAUCUGCCUCGACAUCCUCCAGGACAAGUGGUCGUCGGCCUACGACGUGCGCACCAUCCUCCUCUCCAUCCAGAGCCUGCUCGGAGAGCCGAACAACGACUCGCCGCUCAACACGCAGGCGGCAGCGCUCUGGGCGAACCAGGAAGAGUUCAGGAAGAUGGUGGAGAAGCUCUACAAGCCCGCGUAGAGGACGAAAGUGCUCCGUGCUCAAAUCACCGCGGCUUUGCAGAUGGUGGAAAAGCUCUACAAGCAGUGAUUUCGCUUGGAUCGUGAAGAGAGUAUAUGGAUUCUUUCCUUGGGUUUGGUUCCCAUUCUGGUGGUAGGAUGAUGCGAUCGCGAGUGACUCGGGUUUGGUUUGUUCUGUGUUCUGGAUUAUUCGGUGAUUCAUUUUACUCGUUUUCACUUCUUGUUAUUCCAUUGUGAAUUGAGAUCGAUCGAUUCGAUUUCGAAAA